AGGCACACGUUCUGGCAGUACCGCCGUGAGAACCCCCAAACCAAAGUGGGGGAUCCCCCCCCUGAUGGGCUGCCUGGCUUCAACAGUGGUGUCCUGCUCCUGAACCUGGAAGCCAUGAGGCAGUCCAAGCUCUACAACCAGCUGCUGGAGCCCACCAUGGUGCAAAAGCUGACGGAGAAGUACCACUUCAAGGGCCACCUUGGGGACCAGGAUUUCUUCACCAUGGUGGGGAUGGAGCACCCAGAGCUUUUCCAUGUGCUCGACUGUACGUGGAACCGUCAGCUUUGCACAUGGUGGAAGGACCAUGGAUACAGUGACGUGUUCGACCAGUACUUCCAGUGCGAGGGUGAGGUCAAGAUUUACCACGGGAACUGCAACACCCCGAUCCCUGAAGACUAG